CCGAACAAUCUAAUUUAGCUUCAUAUACGGUGUUAGUUUCCCUGGAACCUCCCAGAAUACGCUAUUGUCCUCCUUUUAUUCUAGUGUAGUGUAGUAUCUCGCCAAUCCCAUUGCGGCUAUCCCCAAAAUCUCCAUCUCAGUCUGCGUCCGAGGAUCCCGAAAACCUGCUGUAGUGUAGUGAGUUCUGUUUGUUGAUGGCCUUGGCGUCGUCGUUCGCCGCGGUUCAGGUUAAUGUGCCGCCGGCGGAUUGCGCGGUUGGGACCGCGUUGUUCUCUCGCCCGCCGGUGUGUGUCCACUUCUCCAACAAAACAGGAGGUUUAAAACCCCUUAGUUUGGUGAAAUUGAGGCGUAGGGAUGUGGGUUUUGCAAGGAGAUCGGAUAAAUUUACUAGGAGUUCGCGCUCAUUCCGUAUACGUUGCGAAGCCUCUGCCGGUGGAAGAUUACUGCAGAUUACGCAGACGGAAUUUACUGAAAUGGCAUGGCAAGCGAUCGUUGCUUCGCCGGAAGUGGCGAAGGACAAGCAGCAUCAGAUAGUGGAGACUGAGCAUUUGAUGAAGGCUCUUUUGGAGCAGAAGAAUGGGCUUGCUCGACGAAUAUUUUCCAAGGCAGGCGUGGAUAAUACUCGACUUCUUGAAGCUACGGAUAAGUACAUUCAACGCCAGCCGAAGGUUAUGGGUGACUCAGCUGGAUCAAUGUUAGGACGAGAUCUGGAAGGGCUAAUACAACGAGCCAGGGAGUACAAGAAAGAGUUUGGUGAUUCAUAUAUCUCAGUGGAGCAUUUAGUUCUUGGUUUUAUGCAAGAUAACCGAUUUGGGAAGCAAUUAUUUAAGGAUUUUCAACUUUCCCCCAAAAUGCUGAAAGAUGCCGUUCAGGCAAUAAGGGGACACCAAACAGUUAUUGACCAAGAUCCUGAAGGAAAAUAUGAAGCACUAGAAAAGUAUGGAAAGGAUUUAACAGCCAUGGCAAGAGCAGGAAAGCUAGACCCUGUUAUAGGAAGAGACGAUGAGAUACGCAGAUGCAUACAGAUUCUUUCAAGGAGAACCAAGAAUAACCCUGUUCUAAUUGGUGAGCCAGGUGUUGGGAAAACUGCAAUUUCUGAAGGGCUUGCCCAGAGAAUUGUGCAAGGAGAUGUUCCUCAGGCUUUGAUGAAUCGCAGGUUGAUAUCUCUUGACAUGGGGGCUCUUAUUGCUGGUGCAAAAUACCGUGGAGAAUUUGAAGAUAGACUGAAGGCUGUGCUUAAGGAAGUCACUGAUUCGGAUGGCCAGAUAAUCCUUUUUAUUGAUGAAAUUCAUACAGUAGUUGGUGCAGGUGCGACGAAUGGUGCAAUGGAUGCUGGAAACCUCUUAAAGCCCAUGCUUGGUCGUGGUGAGCUCCGGUGCAUUGGUGCAACUACCUUAGAUGAGUACCGUAAAUACAUUGAGAAAGAUCCAGCACUAGAGCGCAGGUUCCAGCAAGUUUACGUCGACCAACCUACAGUAGAAGACACGGUCUCUAUUCUUCGCGGACUGCGUGAAAGAUAUGAGCUGCACCAUGGAGUCCGCAUUUCAGACAGUGCCCUUGUUGAAGCUGCAAUUCUAUCAGAUCGUUACAUCAGUGGGCGUUUCCUUCCUGACAAAGCUAUUGAUUUGGUUGAUGAAGCAGCUGCCAAACUGAAAAUGGAGAUAACUUCAAAGCCAACAGCUCUUGACGAAAUUAACCGUGCAGUUCUGAAACUUGAGAUGGAAAGGCUCUCUCUGACAAAUGACACUGACAAAGCAUCAAAAGAUAGGUUGAAUCGCCUUGAGGCUGAACUUUCUCUCUUGAAGCAGAGACAAGCUGAGCUGACUGAGCAGUGGGAACAUGAAAAAACUGUCAUGACACGCAUACAAUCUAUUAAGGAAGAGAUUGACAGAGUAAAUGUGGAGAUCCAGCAGGCUGAGCGAGAAUAUGAUCUCAAUCGUGCGGCUGAGUUGAAGUAUGGGAGCCUGAAUUCUUUACAGCGUCAGCUCGAAACUGCAGAAAAGGAACUAGAUGAGUAUAUGAGGUCCGGAAAGUCCAUGCUUAGAGAGGAAGUUACCGGGAAUGACAUUGCCGAGAUAGUUAGCAAAUGGACUGGAAUUCCUGUUUCCAAACUACAACAAUCAGAGAGAGAGAAGCUGUUGCAUUUGGAGCAAGAACUACAUAAGCGUGUUGUUGGCCAAGAUCCUGCAGUAACAGCAGUGGCGGAGGCUAUACAAAGAUCAAGGGCUGGCCUUUCUGAUCCUCACCGUCCAAUUGCCAGUUUUAUGUUCAUGGGUCCUACAGGAGUUGGAAAGACGGAGCUAGCUAAGGCACUCGCUUCUUAUUUAUUUAACACUGAAGAAGCUCUUGUUAGAAUUGAUAUGAGUGAGUACAUGGAGAAGCAUGCAGUUUCACGAUUGAUAGGAGCACCUCCUGGCUAUGUUGGAUAUGAAGAGGGAGGACAAUUAACGGAGACUGUCCGUAGGAGGCCCUAUGCAGUUAUUUUAUUUGAUGAGAUAGAGAAGGCUCAUUCAGACGUAUUCAAUGUUUUCCUUCAAAUCCUGGAUGAUGGCAGAGUAACUGACUCACAGGGGCGCACCGUGAGCUUCACCAAUACUGUAAUUAUUAUGACGUCAAAUGUUGGUUCGCAAUACAUACUAAACACAGAGGAUGAUGAGGCAUCUAAGGAGAUGGCUUAUGAAACUAUAAAGCGAAAGGUAAUGGAGGCUGCAAGAUCAAUUUUCCGACCUGAGUUCAUGAAUCGUGUUGAUGAGUACAUAGUAUUCCAACCCCUUGAUCGUGAUCAGAUCAGCAGUAUCGUUAGGUUACAGUUGGAACGGGUGCAAAAGAGGAUAGCAGACCGAAAGAUGAAGAUUCAGGUAAGCGAUGCUGCAGUUCAACUCCUAGGUAGUCUCGGCUAUGAUCCAAACUAUGGAGCGAGGCCAGUGAAGCGGGUGAUCCAACAAUAUGUCGAAAACGAGCUUGCCAAGGGAAUUUUGAGAGGUGACUUCAAGGAUGAGGACAGUGUUCUAAUAGACACUGAAGUCACAGCUUUUGCCAAUGGUCAGCUACCCCAGCAGAAACUUGUCUUCAGAAAGAUGGGGUCAGGCUCGGAUAUAUCGUCUGAAACCCGAGAACCAUUUCCACAGACAACUUGAGAACACCUGCGCUUCUAGUGUAAAGAUUAUGCGAUAUUUCUUGUCUGCUCUAUUCCAACUGGUUUAGGCAAGAUAGGGAAUAUAUAACACCCUAUUUGAGUAUAUACUUGUUCAUAAAUUGGCUGUACACAGCCUUUCAAUUAGAAGUUUAAAAUAAUAAAUUUUGAUUCGUUCAUUUCAUUGAGUA